UGACAAGAUAUAUUGGCUCCAUUUUCGAGCAAAGACAUAUAAAAUUGUAAGAUUGUAUAGCUUUGCGAAAAAUAAAAAUGACGAGGCGAUGAUGAUCGCCUCGAAGACGUAAUUGCUUCGAUCAUAUAAAAAAAGUCAAAGACGAAAAUUAACCUGGAAAACGACUUGUCCGAGCGAAAAGAAUGUCCUGUGAUUUGCUAUCGGAAUCGGUGAAUGUGUUUCUGGACGAUUUCGAGACCAGCCUCUGUCUACCCAUUCUCGUGGUUAUGGUGCUCUGCACCGCUCAAUUUGUAUUCAAUCACGUCUUCGGUAUUGGAUGCACGAUUUAUCAGAACAUAAGGAAGCCGAUAGCAGAAGGGGAGGAGGAAGAUACAGAAGGCACGAAUAUGAUAGGAAAACUUAUUAAAGGAAUACUAAACACUUUAGGUAUCGGAAAAGCCGAUAAUAAGACUGCGAUUAAAAAUCCAUCAUCUACGAACCAAUCUCGAGAGGAGGAUUGGGACUAUUGCGAGGAUGAUGUUGAAUGAGAUAACAAAACUGUUCUCUGUGUUGUUGUAAAUAAAACGCUUAAUAAAUAAAUAA